AUGCGGGGAAGAAGACGCGAGGGACGGCCACCGGGGGUCGUCGGGUCGCCGGAGCCGCGGAGGGUAAAGUCAUCGGUCGUCGAGGAAAGCAGCUUCGUGCGGGAUAGCCGGGUCGUGGUCGCGAGGUCUGGGUCGGCGAGGAGGGGGGCUUGGACGGCGGGGGAACUUGGAACAGGAGAAAGGUGGAGGCAUAUAUUGGGUAUGGAGGAUGGAGGCUGA